AUGCAAAAUCGCUACUGCUACAAGGUCAAGUCGACGAACAAUGAGCACUACCGUGUCAGCUCUGUCUACGGAUUCAUUGAACCUCUGGGCUCUGUGAAGAUCGACGUGAACCGAUUGCCUGGCCCGCCGAAAAGUGAUGAUCGUCUGGAGAUUCUGUUCCAGCCUGUCGAAGCUAGUCAAACUGAUCCGAAAGGACCAUUCGCCAAUGGAGCAUCGGAGUUCAAGCUGGAUGUGAAGCUGUGCGCGGAAUGAAGAGGGCUUUCCUUGAGACGGAGACGAUAAUAAAAGCUGUGAUAUUCCCCUCGAUAGAAAGUAUAUGUAUGCCUCAUAAAUGUAUAUAUGCCCCCUAAAUGUCUUUGUAUUAGACCCUCAAUUCU